AUGCGGCCUAGCGGCACUCUCUACUAUGAUUACACCGAGGACUUCAACGACCCGAGACCUGAGGGCGCCCGUCAGCCAGACAUGCCGAUUUCCCCAGUCCCGCACAGGGCCUGUGGCGGCACAAAACCGACCAUGCUUCAGCAAGAUAUGGAAUUAAAGGUGCACGGUGCCAUUCAUAGCCCUUCAAUUCCUGGUUCCACUUAUCCUGCCUACCGAGGCGGCUAUAAUCAGGCAGACAGUAGCAUCGACGAAUCAUUUGACUCUUAUCUUCAAGGCAGUCACGAUGACUCCAUCGAGGAGAUUGAACGGGCUAUUGCGAACGCAAUUUCCAGCGCGGCGGCAGACAAGCUGAUGGCAGCUUCGGAACAUUUGAAUACCUACACGGAUGCGCUCCGAAGCAGAAGGGUAGAGAACCAGACCAAUCUGAUCAAUGGUCCCAAUAUAUCACGCCGCCUGCCUGCCACAGAAAAACAACGAGCUUCCCAGUUGAGUCUCAACAAAAACGCCAUGGCGCUGGAUCCAGCGUUCGCAGACUUUACGUCCCUGCUGUCCUCCUUCGAGAGAUUGGCAAAGUCCCCAUUCUCGAGGCUUAGUGACGAAGAUGAUGUCGACGAGCGGCAUAGCAGAAGAAACAGCAAAUUAUCGACCAUGGAAACGCUAGAUGAGAUCAAAAACACGGAAAACAAGUACCUGAAGCGUCAUCGUCGCAACAUAGCUACCGCCCGGGCUGCCACUCCAGCGCUCAGCACCAGCGGGUCCCUGACCGAGCAACCUUCAUCAUUGGGUGAGGAUACAAUGACUCUCACGCCUGAGCCUCUAUCUCCGCAUCGUAAAAAGAAAGACCAGCCCGACUUGCACCAGAGAUUCAUGAAAGCCCUGCCACCUCUCCCAGCGGAGAGACCUGGCAUGCACCCUACUCACGAUAUUCACUGCUCGGCCGACAAACAGAGAAAAAAUGAUUCUGCCAUCUCUGAGACCUAG